CGCUAUCACAAGCCCAUUCAACUUCCUGGUAUCAACCUUUUCUUUUGUCAUAGGCACACUUUUGAAAUGUCAUUCUAAUACUCCGUACUUAACCCCGCCAAAUUCCGUUCUGUUCAAGUUUCUUUUGCUCCAAGAACUUGGGCGCCAUACAACACCACACACCACACACCAACGUCCCAUCUCCAUCUUCGAGGGGCUUUCGAGGGGCUCGGGUUCGCCCUCUGUCAGAACACCAUGUUCCGAUAUACACGACCCCGGCUGGGUCUCUUCUCGACGACGAGAUUGCCCUUAAGGCUGGAAGCGCAGAAGCAGCAAGGGAAAGUACUCAAUCUGCAGAGGGUCGAAAUGCGGAGGAAGGGCAUAUCAGCAAAGUAUGCGCGCCAUGUCAUAUCUAUGCCAUAUUCUUGUCGGCAUGGCCAGUGACUAAUUAUAUCAAUUUGUUUCUAGGGCAGUGAUACUUGGGGUCUUUACAACGUACGUGUGCUUUCAGGUGUUUGAUAGGCUAGUAUUUGGUCUCCUCGAGGAUAAGAUCGAAGGACUUCCAGAGCCGGAAGAGGAGGAUAAUAAGGCCUUGUUUAUCCCAUUCCCGGGCACAGCGAAAGAAGUGAGGCCUCCGCCUUAUCGUGGAACGGAUCCAGAGUGGCAAGAAUUCAUCAAGUUCAGCAAGGACCGGCCUUUGCAAGACAGGGUGCGAGGUUCGUUACAACCCGUCUUGCAUUAGGAAAUUCGCUAACAUAUUGUAGAUGAGCUCGCCCAGUAUGUUCGCAGACUUGCGGAACAACAUCCAUUCUUCCAAGCCAGUCGAAUGGGUAAAAACCUUAAACUGAGGAGAUGCUGGUUGGAUGUCGAUUUUCCGCAGCACCCCCCUCCAGAAUUUGUCCGAUCCGGAAUCGAAAUCUCGGACGAUGCUAUUUCCUGGAUAACUGCUCCCGUGGAGUCCACCAUCGUAUUCAGGAAUAAUCGUCUUAUGCGACCAACAGCAGUCGCAAAAUCGAUAUGGGAGUUUACCAAGGUGGUAUACAAGGUGGAAUCUCAACGAAUAGCCGGAAUGCUAGGGAUUCAAAGCCAAAGUCCGCCACUGUCGUCGAUUGACCAAAUGCUGGCGCGACAACAACAGAUGUUGAAUGGAUCGGGGAAAGACCCACAAGGAUCAUCGCAAGUUCCAGGUGCGACAGUGGAUGGGAAAUCUUCAGUCAUAAAGGUCGAUGCGCCUGUGAUGGCUGGCUCUGAACAAAAAGACCCCAAUGAGGCCGAAGUUGAUAUUAUGCAAAAAGCGAUGCUAGCGAAUCAACAAAGAUUUCUUGCUCCGCUCAAGGCUUUUAAACAGAAGCUACGACAAACCUGGAGACGAAUUCCCGAUUACCCACCUCGUGGGAGCAUCCUGAUGACUGGAAUGGUAGAGUUGGAAUCAACAGCGGCAUAUUUCGUCUUUGACGUCCGAGCUGCUUGGAACCCAAAAGAACGAGCCUACGACCAACGAAGUAUGUUUCUCACCCUAAGGAGGUUCCAGAUGAAGAAACAAGGUCCUACGGGGAAAUAAUUCAAAAUUUUGUCGUUUAUAGUGUAGAGGCGUUGGGAAAGGGCAUUCAUUGGGUGGCAUGGAUAAUGCCUUUGGCGUUAUAUUCAACUCGACAGGAAAUCAACAUCGAGGAAGCGGGAUAGAUAUGAUUAAGA